AUGUCUGGAAAGAAGCAUCGUGAUAAGGAGAGUUGCUCUUCUCUUGAAUUGAUUGAUUUCAAGAAUGCUUUGGAGCAGUUCCAUAAUCUAGUUGAAAAAAUGGUCAUCCAGAAGACCAAGGAGAGUUCAGGCUUGUAUACUAAAGAUGAUGAUGAGAUAGACUAUGAUAAAUUCUAUGCAACCACAAGAACACUUUUUGGUCCAGCAGUCAAGGAUCAUAAUAUUCAGGCCUUUUUCAGGAAGGCUAUGAGCAACCUUGAUGAAAGGCCAGAAUGGCUUGAGAUUUUUGGCUGUUUCAUAGGAGAAAGUGAUGGCAUGCCUUCCCCUUCGAAAGAAAGCAUGGUCUUUCUUGUAUCUGAAAAACAGCAGAUUACUCAUUCAGUUGUCAAGAGAAAAGAUGUGAUUAAAGGAAUGGUGAGGGUGCCCCUUCAGAACUUCAUAGUAACAGCCUCUCAGAAAGGAGUGCUAAMUGUUUUUAGUGAACAGAUGAAGGUUCUGGCAACUCUCAAUGUUGAAGAUACUGCUUGGAUCACUGGAUGUGAUUUCCUACCUAAUCUGAAAUAUGUUGUGGCUGUAACUGAAAACACAAUCAUUCUCUGGGACUACAGACCAAAAGAAACCAAGUAUGAAGGCUUUGUCAUCAAACCAAUGAAAAACUGUCUGCUCUGUGUUUGUACGGUGACUAUGGCAGAUAACUUGCCUAGAGAUACUAUCUUAAUGGGAGAUGAUAAGGGUUACAUUUACCUGCUUACUAUGACUAGUGAUGACUUCAUAAUGAAGCAAUCUAGAGCCGACAAAGAAUCACAAUUUAGGUUCUUCGACUCCGAAUCCUUUACCAUGCUUAAACGCAAGCUACAUGAUGACUGGGUUGGGAAAGUCAGGUAUAUUUCUGCCCUAAAGCGUUUUGCAUCCUGCUCCACAGACAGUACUAAAUCAUUUGUUUUGGAUGACAUAAAGCGAUUAGAGGACAACUUACCUGUAAAGGAAUUUUCUGUCCCUAAAGGAGUAAAUGCCUUCACAUAUUGUGGAAAGACAAAAGUCAUUGUCACUGGAGGUAAUGACAGAAUCCUUCGUUUGUGGAAUCCUGCUGUUAAUUUUUGUCCUACAGGGAAGCUCUUAGGACACAAACACAGUGUUGUGGAAAUUGUGACAAAUGAGAAAGAUCAACAUGUCAUCAGCCUUUCCUGUGCAAAGGUGUAUAGAGUGUGGGAUAUACAGACCCUUUCACCAUUGCAGGUCUUCCAYGAAGGUCAAGGGAGUCGWGAAGAGAUGGAUACCUUUCCCAUGGUAUUUGACAAUGAUAAUGGCAUGCUUUUCAUGGGUUCAGAUGUCAUUGAUAUUUAUCCCCUAGCUAAUGUGAUGCAAGAUUCAAAAGAGUUGCCUCAGACACAUGAGAAAAGCCUUAAUGUUCUGAUUUACAAUAAGGCUCUUCAGCAGAUUCUCAGCAUUUGCACUGAGUCAAUACUGAAGGUCUGGGAUAUAGAAACAGGAUCACAAAUAUAUCAACUAGAAGAUGCACAUGGGCUGAAUACUGAGGUGACCUGUGCAGCCAUUGAAAUAAAUGGGGUUUAUCUUGCUACUGGGGCUUGUGAUGGAACAGUGAAAAUUUGGGAAUUUGAAAGUGGAGAAGAAGUUAAAGCCUUGCCUUUAGUGCAAGACAGUGAAGAUGAGCAUCGUCUGCUGAAGAUAAUGUAUCUGAAGGCUGAUGAGGGUCAACAUGCAGUUUGUGUUUUGGAGCAGAGAGGAAAGAUGAAAAUCAUUCAGGGUGACUCAGAUCAAACAGAUCUAUAUGUCACUUGGGUGCUUCCUGAGGAAGUGCCAUUUCCACGAAGGAAUCCAGUUGUGUAUCUGUCACUAAAGCCUGGCACCUUAAAAAUACAAGAUUUUUUUCCGGAGAUUCGGCUUCUGUGUAACACCACUGCUUUGAGAAAUGAUGAAGAGACUUUUAUAUCGUCUGUGGAUAUUAAGUGUUUCGAUAUUUUAAAAGUAGAAGGAUGCAGAUUGAUAGCUACAGGAAGUGCAAACGGUGAAAUAAAUUUGUGGGAUUUUGAAUCUGCCUCUGUGAAUUGUCUGCGUAAAACUAAUGAAGACAGCCAGGGCUCUGGAGUCAAUGCCAUAUUAUUCCUUGUACAUCGUGUUUUCUCUUCCAGGAAAAGACGUUGCCUUUCCCCUAUUACUACUUUGAGGAGUGAUGCCACUGCCACUCCAGAGCACAAGAGAAAUUCUUUGGACCUACAUGAGGAAAAUGUGAAAAGUGAUGAAAUUAAUACUGAAACAGCAACAGCAGAAGAAGCAGCUAACAGUAAGAACACCCAAAAUGUGGAGAUGGAUGAACAGUUGUUGAAGGCUAAAGCGGGAAAAUCACCAUUAUUGGCUUCUGCUCAUGAAAGUGGCUGUAUCCGCCUGUGGAGUAUUCAGGGAAACUUAAUGAAAGAACUUUUGCCAUUUUCAGAACAUCCCUCAGGUCCUCUGACAGCACUGUGUACAGACACCUUCACUAAAAUUCUUGUGGCAGGCAGUAAAGAGGGAUAUGUUAUUCGCUGGAAUAUUGCCUCAUUCUUAGAAGAUUCACAAAAUAGAAAAAAAGAAGUAAAGGAGGAGGUCUGCUGGAGGGCACAUGCUACUGAAGUGGUUGACUUAUUUUUUGAAGAGGAGAAAAAUGUGGUAGUGACAGCAUCCAUUGAUGGUUCAGUCAGGCUUUGGCAUGCCAUGACUGGAUACUAUUUUGGUUACUUUGGACAAGCGAGGAAGUUUGAAUUAACAGAUACCAGUCGGCUGAUUUUGCCUCCUGAUGUUAAUGAUGUUCCUGCUAUAAUUAAAGGGGAGAGCAAACAUUUGGAAAAGAAGAAAGUUGAAUAUCCUCUCAUGCUGGACAGAGACAAGUGGAAGUCACUGACCAGAUCAGCUUUAAAAAAGGCUGGACAAGGGGAUGAAACUCACAGCUUUAAGUUUUUCAAAGCUCUGGCUCCUGAAAAGGGUCACCCUUUGGAAACCUUUGAAUUCGCAAGCAGAGAGGCUGGUGCAAUAUUUGGGUUUCUUCCUAUAUAUGAGCUUGAUAAUCCAGUUGAAGUGAGGAUGCCGAAAAGUCUUCAAAGGGUCAAAGCUGAGAAGUCCAGUCCCAGGGGACGGGAAGUGGAUAUAGAUUCCAUUGAAGACUUGAGUCAAGACAAUAAAAUGUAGUUACUAUCUUCAUUAAAGUGGAUUAGCAGAUCUCUUUUAUUAAUUUUUCUGGGCUUUUUUUUUCAAUUAUAUUUAAAUUCAUUUCAUUAUUAAGCAGAAUGUACAGAAAACAAAUCUUUACUUCUCUUCCAAUCCUUCAUGCAGAGAAUAAACUCUAACAAAGUCAGUGUAUGAUUAAACUAGAUAUAGAAAAGCCCAUCUGACGUAAUGUACAUUUGCUGACAGUUACUCUUUAUGUCAAAACCACUAGUUUCCUCUCUGCUUCAAUUUUUCCAGUUUGAACUUCUGUAUAUUGAAUAUUACACUGCUUUUUUUCCUGCCAGAUUAAUGAUAUACUCUACAAAGAGUUAAUAUGCCCUGCGGUUUCUGCCUGUUAGCGCCUUGCUUAUGCUUUCAAAGAGCAUGUUCAUCCUCUAAGCCAGAAAAGUGCCUGCUGAGCUUACAUUCAAUUAAUUAUCCAUCAUGAUUCCACAAAUCCUUUCUGGCAUUUCAGUGUUCCAGGACAAUGUCACAACAUGACACAGAGCACAGACACAUUUUCAUCUUUUGGCUGUAUGUACAAAUGAUGCCAAGUGUCUCACCUUAGUGAGUAGUUAAGAUAAUACAUAUAACUACUGACAUGAUUACAUGCUAUUUUGGGGAAAAUAGCAGGUUUUCUAUACUACUGGUAUUGAAUGGUGUUUAAUCUGCUGGCCUUCUUGGACAGACAUUCUGCUCAUGAACUGAAUAUACAGUGACUUGCAAUGAUUUACCUUCCUUCAGCUUGUUAUAGGGUAUGACGGAUUUAGGGGUAACUGCAAAAUACCUUGCAGGAGUAUAUUUUAAAUUCUUAUGAUCAGCUGUACCAGGUCUGGCAGGGAUUAAUGUAAUUUUCUCCAUGGCAGCCUGUAUGGUGCUGUGUCCUGGAUUUGUGAAUAAAACAGUGUUGUUAACACGCCACUGUUUUGGCUACUGCUGAGCAAUGCCAGCACAACAAGGUGCUAUAUUCCCACACCCAGUGAGUAGGCUGGGAAGGGACACAGACAGGACAGCUGACCUGUACUGGCCAGAAAUUUUCCAUACCAUAUAAUACCCUCAUGGAAUGGAGCAGGGAACCAAGAUGUUCAUGAUUAUAGUGUUUGUUCUUUCCAAGUAACCAUUCAUUAUGUGAGCUGAGGUGCURCUUCCCAGAAGUGGCUAAACAAACAUCUGCCUGCUGGUGAUAAGUAAUGCUUGAAUUCCUUAGUUUGCUUUGCUUGCGCAUGCAUCUUGGCUUCACCUAUUAAACUGUCUUCAUUGUGGCCCAAGAAUUUUCUCACUUUUGCUCUUCCCAAUCUCUUUCCCAUCACACUGAAAGAAGAAGCAAGGAAGAAAUUGGGCAGGCACUUGGUGUCUUCCACCACCAUAUUAACCAACCUUAUGAUUGGUUAAAAAAAUCAGGCUUGUCUGACAAACCAAAUGGCACCAGAUAAAGAUUUGCCAUUUYCUAUUCGUGUUCACUUCAUUUGACCCAUGAUUUAACAGUUAGCAUAUGAAAGGUAACAUUUUUGCAAGUCUGAGUCCUAUAUCCCUUUGAAAACUACAUAAACUCUCUUUCACUUACCUGRAAAUUGCCUAAUCUUCAAAGAUUAUUAGAAAGCACAGUUCAGGUUCAGAGAGAUUCUUACCCAUUUAUUUUGRUGCUCCUAUGUGUUAUGUUUUAUCAUAUGAAAUGUAAUAUUUUCUCUUUGGUAUUGUCCCUACUAAUAGUCAUGCCUAAAUUAUUUUACUGUGGUUGCAAGAUGCAGAUAUCCCACUUCUCUUCAAUGUAUUAAGUGACUAUUCACUUCCUCAGAACUAUUUGCUCAAUAUUUUCUUUUUACCCAACCUUUAGCACUGCUAGGAUUUCACAGAUUCUUCAUUUUCAAAUGGUACCCUUUUCAGACUUACUUCCUUCUCCCUUCUGUUUUCUUUACUAAUUUCCUGUGUUUUCCAAGUGCUGAUUUGUAGUCAUGGCUAUUUGUGACACUAUAUUCUCCACUGUGUAGAAAAUAUCCAUAAUGUAGUACUGUUCCCAGUAAAAAGCAUUUAAUCCUAUGGUGAAUGAAAUCUAUGGACAAGCUCUCAGGAGGGAAUCGUGCUUGCAAGGAGAACUGUCAAAAAUGUGUGAUAUCUCUGUGCUGUCUCUAUCAGCCUCCCAUCCAGUCACUACCUUACUGUUAUGCUAUUUAAAGUGUAACAAAAUUACAGUGCUAUAAGUGCUAUCAGAUCUUUUUUUUUUCCAAUUCAUUAAAUUAAAAAAAAAACUGAAGUAGAUCAAACUGCAUGUUAUUGCUCAGCAUUACUGCUUACUUCCAAAUCCUAGGGCUUUAUAAGCACCAAAUUGAAAGUGGUCCUGGCCCCAAACAUUUUACACAAUGAUAUAACCCAACUGUCUUUCUUAAGUGUCAAAAGAAAAGCAGAGACAUUUAAUUUCUUUGAA